AUGAUGGAUAUAAACAUACUAAAAAACUUAGAUAUAGAUGAGUUGAUUGUUAUUGAGGCCAGAUUAAAAAAUAGUAUUCUCGAUCUAAAUAAACUAAUAAAUGAACUCUACAAAGAAAAUUGCAGAAUUUUACGGCAUAAUUUAGAACUAAAUAAUUUAAAAAAUAGGUUUCCAAAUACUAAAGAGAGAAUAGGAAACUUACUCAAAAGUGCAUUUUUUUCUCAAUUCAAUAAUUCGGAAAAAUCUGAGUCUAUUAAAUUUGGGUGUAGUUCUACAACCAAUGGUGAAUACAUAUCAAAGCAUGGGAUUGAUCAUGGAAAAUUAUUCAGUAAUUGUGAGGAAAAGAAAAAUUACACAAUUGAAAAACCGAAUAUAAAUUAUCAUUUAAUGCCAACAAAAGAAGCAAAAUGUAAUCAACAUGUUUCCUACAUUGAAAAAAUCCCAGAUUCUAUUUUUAAUGGAAAUCUAGAUUCUAAUAAAUAUGAUUUGAAACCUAAGCCUAUUUCACAAAAACUUGGGGAUCGGGUUACUAGUAUAGAGUAUGGUAACAUGGCAGAACAUACAAUAAAUUUAUUGAUAGACGAAGAAAAUUAUGUUAAAAUAAGAUUCUCUAAGUUUGAAAACGAUCAAAGUAGAGAAGGCUUUGUAAAGGAAAUAAUCGAAAUUGUUGGUCUUAAACCAAUAUAUUUUGAUUGUAUGAAAAAUUUAUUGAAAAAUAUUGAAAUUAAAAACGAUUGUAUUGAAAACUUAAUUGAUAUUGCGAAUUUAGAUCCAUGGGAAAACUAUCAUGAAAUUUCUCUGAAAAGUUAA